AUGAAGGACAGAUUGGACGAGUUAAAGAAAGCGGCGCAGGACAACUUCACGGAGAGUAUUGAUGGAAUCGACAACCCAGUGUUUGCAAGGAUAGAAUGCAACAGACUAGUUGGUUUCUUUGAAGAUAUUUCAGCCAUUUCCUCAAACCUCAACGAAUUGGAAGAUUUAGUUCAUGCUAUUCAAAAGACGCAAGGAGAGGUGUUGUGUGGAACUGCACAUGAGAAUAUCUACAACAAAAAGAAAACUCUGAAAGAUGACAAAUGCCAGUUCACCAAUGAGGCCAAGGUCAUUCAGUCGCAGCUGGAUAACAUGAAGGAUGUAGUUUUUCGGAAAAGGCAAGAGGUGCCUUACUCGGUUGAGUACAGGAUUCGCCAGCAUCAGUAUAAUGCGCUGGUAACUCGCUAUCAGCAGAUCCUAACUUCGCACUACACAAAAGAGACCGAAUACGUCGGCAAGUUGAAACAGCAAAUUCUUCGGCAGACUCAGCUUGCUGGCGUGAAACUGCAGGACGAAGACGUUGAUAGUUUUGUGGAGAACCUUUCUGCUCCACGAAUUGUUGGCCAGGAUCUGGAAAUCCUCAAAGCCAAGGAGCACUUGGCUCAAGCCCAGGAGCGCCACAAACAGCUAUUGGACCUUGAGUCGCAGAUUGCUGAACUUCACGAACUCUUCCUCCAGUUUGAGGUAUUGGUAACUGAGCAACAGGAGAUUGUAAACAGCAUUGAAUACAAUGUACACCACACUGUUGACUAUAUUGCACAGUCCUCAGACCAUGUUAAAACAGCGAUAAAGUAUCAGAAGAAAUCUCGGGUCACUGCUGCUGCGGCGGCUGUCCUGGGACUGUGUGUUUGUGUUCCAUGUAUCGCAAGGAUGUCUUCUUAAAAGCAGCAGCAUUGCCCGUGGCUUUCCUGAGGACCCAGCAAGUCCUGAGGAGGGAACUCACUAUUGCAUUCUAUUUCUGCGGCUGGACAGCAAUGUGGACACCUGUGAUUGCGUGUUCGGGAGGUGUGCGUCAGAGGCUAAUCUUUCACACCGUGACCCUGGGGAGUUUCCAGUGUUUACAAGGGUUUGCUGACGUUAACCAAGGGAUUAGUAUUAAUCGCAGAAUUAUAAAUGAAGUAAGUGAGAAUAUUGCCGACUCUCAUCAAGAUUUUUAAAAAAUUCUCUCUCUCAGGCACCUAUUUUUUUGCACGAAUUAUUGUAUUCAGCUGCAGGAUCUCAGAAAGAUGAGAGAACAGUGAAAAGUUGUCUGGUGUAAACGGAAACUUUAUGAGUGGUGUAAACAGACACAUUAAUUAUAAAGUGUUUCUGAUAAAUUAGGCCAGUGAAGACAAAUCUAUUAUCCAAGUAUUUUAAUGCAGGUGAAUGUGAGUUCACCCUGCUUUAACCGGUAGAAUAACAAACUAUACUUCCUGUCCUUCCCGGAAAAGUUCUUCCAGAACAACACAUUUUACCACAAGUUUGUCGGGUCUUGGAAAAUCCUGCCGACAUUGCAGGAGAAGGACUUGAUGAGUAGACUAUCCAGACUCUCUGGUAGAAUGCCUCAUCGCCAGACCUCACCUACAGGAACCAAGACGUUUCCUGACUGGCCAUGAGAGAAACCCUCCCAGUCAGAUCUUACUGGAGCAUGACUGGAGCAUCGCUCGCGCCACGGGAUGACUGCUGUAGGAAAGAGCCCUCAGCUCACCUCUGCGGACUGUGGAUUUGUGUACGGGGUGUGGAGAAAGAGGCCUAUGCCGUGAUUCAUCCAGAGUAGCAGCUUGACAAAGGGCUCGCUGAUCCCACGGACAUACAUGGAGGGCAACAUCAGGUGUUGCGGCUGGUUAUCUACUCAGUGUAAGUUGCGCGUUGGUCUGCCCAAAUACUGUUGGUCUUCCAGCACAUCGAGAUGUCCGUGGAGGAAUACUACCAACUAGUACAUUUCAACAGUUCCAGCAUUCCAGGCUGCAGGGAACACCGAAGCUCGGUGCAGUCACGGCAAUGGCUCGAUGGAGAAGGUCCACAGUAUAGGGUUCUUCUGCUUUUGGAGAAGGAGGGGCCAGAAUGGGUGAGGAAACCCAGCAGUGCUAUUGAUGUGCGGAAUGCAAUAGAACAGAACUGAAAGCACUGACCUCCAAUGUAAAGAAUGAAAAGGCUUUGCAUAGUUUAUUGUAAAUGUUUUGUUUAUUAUGAAUAAAGUUUAUUUUAAUAUUUAAAAAAGAAUAAUAAGAACAUUGUGAAAUAUUUCUGUUGAAGGAUAGCCAAGACUUGGUGUGUGGUUGUUACCCAAACCACAGUUAUAUUCCCUAGAUCUUAGAAGGUUAAAGGGAGUCCUGACUGAACUUCUAAGUUACUUUACAGUUAGAUUUAAGGGGAUGGUAAGAUGAACAAAAUUAUUUCCAAACAAGUUUGGGAAACCUUCACCAAACAGUUUCUAUUGUCUUAAUGGCAGGUCAGGUCACCAAGAUUAUUUUAAAAUCAAGAUUGAUGGAUUCUGUAUUAAGGAAGGUCAGGAAAAGAUGGGAAUGGAAGUACAUUAUAGAAUAAGCAUGUUCUCAAGACAUGCUCAACAACCUACUCUAGUUCCUGUGAGUUUCCUGAAAAAGCUGGACAAACAAUUAAUCUUUACCUGUA